AUGAACGCCGAAGACCAGUAUUACGCCUCCAGACCCUUCUACAAGGAGCCGUGCGCCUUUCAGAGAGCCCAGCCCCCGGAUUACAACCAGAGCCCUCCAGCCUGCCUGUACAUGGGCAGGCAGCAGCAGCAGGCAGCGCAGCCUCCUUACCCCAGUGUUUUGGGGGCCCUGGAACAAGGCAGUCCGCCAGACAUUUCCCCCUACGAGGUACCCCCUAUCACAGAAGAUCCCGGCAUCCCCCAUCUCCAGCAUCACCACCAGCCCCACCAUCACCUGCCUCAUCCGCACCAGGAAGCCCUGCCCUUUGGUGAUGGGACGGACACUGGCGUGUUAGAGGAGCCGAGAGUCCAGCUGCCUUUCCCCUGGAUGAAGUCUACCAAAUCCCACGCCUGGAAGGGACAGUGGGCUGGCACAGGUGGCCCCUACGUGAUUGAGCCCGAGGAGAACAAGCGGACCAGGACGGCCUACACGAGGGCGCAGCUCCUGGAGCUGGAGAAGGAGUUCCUCUUCAACAAGUACAUCUCCAGGCCCCGCCGGGUGGAGCUGGCCGUCAUGCUGAACUUGACCGAGCGGCACAUCAAGAUCUGGUUCCAGAACCGGAGGAUGAAGUGGAAGAAGGAGGAGGACAAGAAGCGGGGAGCCGGGGCGGGAGGAGGCGGCGGCGGCGGCAGCCUUGAGCCGGAGCAAGACUGCGUGGUGUCCUCGGGGGACCUCCCCGGGAAAGAGGAGUCGGAAGAGGAGCGCCCUGCCGGGAAUCUGGCCUCCAUGGAGCUGCUCCCCUCCAGCCCCACGGAGUCCCCCAGGCGGCGGCAGCACGACAAGCGGUGAAGCGGGUUGCCAACGCUCGAGAGUGUGGGGCGCCUGUGGGAGAAGCCAGCGGCUGAUCCGGAGCCUUUGGGCGCCCGU